AUGCCGAAGGUUUCUAUGGGUAACAAGUACCGCAUGACGCUCGCCCUCCCGGUGGGUGCAGUGAUGAACUGCGCAGACAACUCUGGCGCCAAGAACCUGUAUGUUAUUGCCGUGGUUGGCAUUGGUGCCGCCAUGAACCGUCUCCCUGCGGCGGCGGCUGGUGACAUGUUUGUGGCUUCCGUCAAGAAGGGUAAGCCCGAGCUCAGGAAGAAGGUGCUUGCUGCCGUCGUGAUCCGCCAGCGCAAGGCGUGGCGCCGCAAAGACGGCGUCUUCCUUUUCUUUGAGGACAACGCUGGUGUCAUUGUGAACCCCAAGGGUGAGAUGAAGGGCAGUGCCAUUACUGGCCCUGUUGCGAAGGAGUGCGCCGACCUCUGGCCACGUAUUGCAUCUAAUGCCGGCACUGUGGUCUAA